CUCUGAGUCCGGCAGCGCAGGAGUGCAACAGGCACCAGGACGAGCUGAGGGGGCGAAAAGACAUUCAUUACAAUCCGUUAUCUCUCAGGAAGAACUUUUACAUUAAGACAGGAUGUCAAAAGGUCCAGCAGUGGGUAUUGAUCUGGGCACCACCUACUCAUGUGUGGGAAUCUUCCAGCAUGGAAAGGUGGAGAUCAUCGCCAAUGACCAGGGAAACAGAACGACCCCCAGCUACGUCGCUUUCACGGACACCGAAAGACUGAUCGGAGAUGCAGCCAAGAACCAAGUUGCCAUGAACCCUUCUAACACUGUGUUUGAUGCCAAGCGCCUGAUUGGACGACGCUUUGAUGACCCAGUGGUUCAAUCUGACAUGAAGCACUGGCCCUUUAAGGUAAUCAGUGACGGCAGCAAGCCCAAAAUGGAAGUGGAGUACAAAGGAGAGAUAAAGACUUUCUUCCCUGAAGAGGUGUCCUCCAUGGUCCUCACUAAGAUGAAGGAGAUCUCCGAAGCUUACCUUGGCAAGACUGUAUCAAAUGCAGUGAUUACGGUGCCUGCUUACUUUAAUGACUCCCAGCGCCAAGCCACCAAAGAUGCUGGAACCAUCGCUGGCCUUAAUGUCCUUCGCAUCAUCAACGAACCAACAGCAGCUGCUAUUGCAUAUGGAUUGGACAAAAAGGUCGGUGGUGAGCGCAAUGUCCUCAUCUUUGAUUUGGGUGGUGGCACCUUUGACGUGUCCAUUCUGACCAUCGAGGAUGGCAUUUUUGAGGUCAAGUCAACAGCAGGUGACACCCAUUUGGGUGGUGAGGACUUCGACAACCGCAUGGUCAACCACUUCAUCACCGAGUUCAAGCGCAAGUUCAAGAAAGACAUCACUGGCAAUAAACGUGCUGUCCGUCGCCUGCGGACAGCAUGUGAGCGUGCCAAGCGCACCCUUUCAUCCAGCACACAGGCCAGCAUUGAGAUCGACUCUCUGUAUGAAGGUGCUGACUUCUACACUUCCAUCACCAGAGCCCGUUUUGAGGAGCUCAAUGCUGACCUGUUUCGCGGUACACUGGAGCCAGUGGAAAAGGCUCUGCGGGAUGCCAAGAUGGAUAAGGCACAGAUCCAUGACAUUGUGCUGGUUGGUGGCUCCACUCGUAUUCCCAAGAUCCAAAAGCUGCUUCAGGACUUCUUUAAUGGGCGAGAUCUUAACAAGAGCAUCAACCCUGAUGAAGCCGUAGCUUAUGGAGCUGCUGUCCAGGCAGCCAUCUUAACAGGUGAUACAUCAGAGAAUGUGCAAGACUUGUUGCUGCUGGACGUCACUCCUCUCUCUCUGGGCAUUGAGACAGCAGGUGGUGUCAUGACCGUGCUAAUUAAGAGGAACACCACCAUUCCCACUAAGCAAACCCAAACCUUUACCACCUACUCAGACAACCAGCCGGGUGUACUCAUCCAGGUAUAUGAGGGAGAGAGAGCCAUGACAAAGGACAACAACAUUCUUGGCAAAUUUGAGUUGACCGGCAUCCCUCCUGCUCCUCGUGGUGUGCCACAGAUUGAAGUUACCUUUGACAUUGACGCCAAUGGCAUUCUCAACGUAUCCGCAGUAGACAAAAGCACUGGCAAAGAGAACAAGAUCACUAUUACCAAUGACAAAGGUCGUUUGAGCAAGGAAGACAUAGAGCGUAUGGUACAAGAGGCUGACCAAUACAGAGCAGAGGAUGAAGUACAGAGGGAAAAGGUCACCGCCAAGAACACUCUGGAGUCCUUGGCCUUUAACAUGAAGAGCACUGUUGAGGACGACAAGUUGCAGGACAAGAUCAGUCCAGAGGACAAGAAAACUAUUACUGACAAAUGCAAUGAGGUCAUCUCAUGGCUGGACAAGAACCAGACCGCAGAAAAAGAUGAGUACGAGCAUCAACAGAAGGAGCUGGAAAAAGUGUGCAACCCCAUCAUCACUAAGCUCUAUCAAGGCGCUGGUGGCAUGCCAGGUGGGAUGCCAGGUGGGAUGCCCGGCGGUUACCCUGGAGGGCAAGGAAGUGGUUCUUCCUCUGGUCCUACCAUUGAGGAAGUGGACUAACUUUUGGCACCAGAACAUCCAGGCUUACACAAAGAAAGAAACCAAACACUCUGCAGCAUGUCAAACAGGCUUCUUUUCAAAUAGCAUUUACUCACAUUGGUCAGAUAUGUGCCAGAUGAGACCAACUUAUAGCUUGUGACCAAAGCAAUAAGGCACCUUCAAAACUGCAUUAGCAUUUUAGUAUCAAAUCUGUAAUCUACCUGGCUGUAAGCUAUUAUAUCAGAGCUAUUAUACGCUUAAUAAUGCGAUAAUUAGAAAUAAAUACCAAGCUGAGGUGAGGCCUUGUUAUUUGUCCAGUUAGCCGUUAUGCUCAUUAUUCAGUAUUUCACAAUUAUAAGCUUAAGAAUAAAUUCAAUAAUUGUUUCCGGUGUGACCCAACAAAAAUAAAGCAUAUUAUUUUCUCAA